AACUCCAGCAGACUUUUACCCCUCAGUCUGUAUGACAACAGGAAACAUACACUUCAGUACAUUCACCAAAGCUGCUGGUUUCAGGCUUUAGCUUCGAGACGGGACUUAAGAUGAGCGACAUUGUAGAGGAUGAAAGCGACAUCUCUUUCACUGUAAAGUUUCUCGGCCGGGUACAGGUGGUCCGCCCUUCUGGACUACAGAUCCUGGAGGAAGCUGCUGAGAGGCUGAAGAGGCCAGAUAAAUUCAACUCAGAAAAGGCAGCGAAGAAGAGCAAAGUCCACAUCUUCCUGGCAAUGGGUGGGAUUGACAUUUUGGAAAACAAAACCAAGUAUCUCCUGUACACGUGCCCUCUCUCCACGGUCUCCUUCUGUGCCGUCCUGCGCUCCUCACCCAAAGUCUUUGGCUUUGUAGCGCAGCAUCCAGCAUCAGACCUCUACCACUGCUAUCUGUUCCAGAGCCAGAAGUUUGCUCCUGUCCUGGUCUCAGUUAUCGGUGAUACCUUUCGAGCUUCAAAAAAGGAGCACAAUGUCAGAGGGGGGCAAGACCUGGCAGUGGAAGCACUAAGACACAAGAACAAAGUGCUGCAGAGAGAAAACAAAGAGCUGAAAAAGAAGCUUGCAGGGAAUAACAUCUAUGAGACCAUGCAAGUCUAGUAGUAGUAGAGAACAUAACAAAAUAUAUGACAAUUCUAUUUGAUUUGAAAAUAAAUCAGACAUAGAAAUAAAAUCUGGGAUUAAAUUAAUGUUUUUUUUUUUCAGUCUCUGGUUUGAAAUGAAUGUCCAGUUUUUUUUUUGUUUUUUUUAUUAGAAAAAGGAUUAUGAUCAUGCCAGAAGACUAAAAUAUUUUUAAGGGGUGCUUUAUAAAUAUUUUACGUCCACCAUUAGUUAUGCAUUUGUAUAACAUGGGGAAGAGAUUGCAACCCGUUAUAUAAACUUGAUUUUCAUUAGUUCAUUCUUGUACCGAACAUAUUUGUGCUCACUGGAGGAAAUAUUAACAUUUUGGAGUGGCCAGGGUUCCACAUCUUGAAUCUGAUUGUGGUAGAGGGAGCUAAAAAUUAGGGUAAUGGCAAGGAGGCUCAACACCAGAAAUGUCUGAACAAAAUACUAGGGGAAACAUUGAAAAUUCUAGUCAGCAAUUAUAAAAAGCAUUUGAUUGCUGUAAUGGCGAUAUGUUUUUUUUCAUUGAUUAUUGGGACAGGUGUAUGUAAUUUUCGACAUGCCACAUGUAAAUAGUAUUAAAUAAAAACAAGUAAUUUUUUUGAGAUUUUACAUUGUUUUAUUAUCCUCUGAGUAAUGCCUUUCUUAUUUCCUAUUAGAAACAACAUUCUUGGCUGGCCAAGGGCAUGAAAAAUACCACUAGCACCCUAACUAAAGUAAAAAAAAAAAUUAUGCAAUUACUGAAGCAAAUAUCUUUAAAACUACAAAUAAUGUAUCUGUCUGUAAAAUGUUUUUUUUCUUCAUUUUCUAUUUCAUGUUUGUCAUUGAAUUUAUUGUAUAUGAUAAAUUUACAUCUAAACAGCAGAGGGCAGCAGUGAGCAUCAAUAAAGCCAUACCUUAAUUCUG